AUCCAAGGUAAUUAGAGUACUACAUUUUUGUUAGGUAAGGAAAGUCAGUUUCUUAUACAGUAAAGAGCAUUUCUUAAGUCAGAGUCUACGUUCUUUAAGUUGAAAUGCAUAUAUCCAAAAAUAAUGUGUGGAGAUGAUUCCAAUAAAUAGAAUGACAGAAAGUGAAUAAAGAAGGGUUCAGUGCCAGUGGUCUGUGUUUGUAUAACAAGAAGUUUAACCCUAAUUUUGAAGCUCUGUUUCUUCAUAUUAUGCCGUCAAGGUAGACCCUAUCAGUAUAAAUAGCCGUCUGCAUUCAGACGUGGCCCACUAAUACUGUAUCUAAAAGCAGUAAUCCUGUGCUCUGAGCCGACCGUCUUCUAAAUUUAAUCCUAUAUGACCAGGAGGAGACACAGUGCUACACUUUAAAUACGCAGUUUAAAAGUAAUGUUUAAGAAUAAUAACUGUUGAUUGUCAUUACCUGCUUUAUUAAAAUGUUAAACACCUUCUUCACAUGUGCUGAGAAGUUACUGUAUGUAUAAUCUGCGUAAAACACCCACAUAGUAAAUCCUCAUGGAUUAACACAUUUGACAUGUGCCCCUUUUAUCUGGUUCUUUGUGUAAUGUAACACCGGUAAAUAUUUCACGUAAAAAGGAAAGAGACCGGAUUUAAGGUUUACUUUUUAAAAGGCAGCUGUUAAACACUUUCCUGUUUGGGUUCAAGAACUGUGUCUCAAGAAUAAGACUUUCCUAGAACACAAUGAAAACAGGAAGGUCGACGCAUCCUGUUCUUGUGCAUCAUUAAAAAACGAAAGCAUGCAUGUGGAAAUUGAAAAUAGUCCAAAGAAUAUCAGCAUCAGCAUUUAGACCGACAAAACUUAUGCUAAAGCAAGUCUUUGUCAAAUUAAAUAAAUAGAGCAGAGUGGCCACUGUUUCCUGAGAACAGCUCAAUCAUAAUAUAGUGAAUGUCUAAAAUAAAUAAUUAAAUAAUAGUUAAUAGCCCUAUAUGUGAAUAAACUUAAAAUGUAAAUAAUAAUUUAUUGUUUCCCUCCAUUUCAUAAAUGAUGUGCAUCAUUUUCACCACGUUACAAAUUGAAGAUGUGAGGCUGAUGUAAGAGACCAGACGUUUUGCCUCAUUUAGGACAAAGUGAGUUCACACAGAGGUUAAGCUCAUUAUCAAUGUCCUGUACAUGCAACACUCACACUUUUUAUCUACACACGUCUUGUAAGAGUUCUGAAGGCUAUACUGAUUACUGAGAAGAAAAGUAACAACACAAGGGAGUGUGCCUAAACCUUAAACAUUUGUUUCUGCAUUUUUCUUUUGCACUGAUGUCAGACCCUUUGCUUCUUAUCUCUUUUCAAGCCAUCAAAGCACGGCUAUGGCCGAAGAAGAAAUCAAGCAAAAUCUCCAACGAUGAGCCUAAGAAAGAGGAAAAGGUUGUCAAACCAGCGGCCUCCGCAGCCAAGUGUGCCUUACCAAAGCUGACCGAAAUGGAGAGAUUCAGGCAGUCGCCAUUCGAGAGGGUUGUCUAUGACAUGGCCCACAAUGAGAAGAUCGUCAACGACCUGAUGCUUGGUAGAAGGGUUGGCUUCUAUGAGCUGCGAGGAGAGAUUGGCCAGGGCAACUUCUCCACGGUCAGGCUGGGCAUCCAUGCCCUCACGAAAGAGAGAGUAGCGGUCAAAGUCAUGGACAAGCUGCGUAUGGAGAAGAAGAGUCAGUCUUUCACGGCCUCAGAAAUCCGCAGCAUGGAGAAGCUGUGCCACCCGAACAUAGUACGUCUUUACGAGGUGAUGGAGAGCAGCAGGAAACUGUAUCUUGUGAUGGAGUAUGGCAGCGGUGGAGAUCUGUUCUCCCGGAUCACCACCAGGGGGAAGCUGAACGACCUUGAAACCAAACUGGUCUUUGCACAAGUCGUGUCUGCUGUUAAACACAUGCAUGACAACAACAUCGUCCACAGAGACCUCAAGGCAGAGAACAUCUUCUACUCCACCAGCCACUGCAUCAAGGUCGGAGAUUUUGGCUUCAGCACUGAGAGCUGCCCCAAUGAGCUCCUCACCAAUUUCUGUGGCUCUCCGCCUUACGCUGCUCCUGAACUGUUUAAGGAAAAAGGCUACUUUGGACGUCACUCCGAUACCUGGGCGUUGGGUAUCCUCUUGUACUUCAUCGUGACGGGCACGUUGCCCUUUCACGGAGACAACCUGGGGAGGUUGAAGCGCAGCAUCCUCCAGGGGGCUUACAGCAUCCCUUCGUAUGUGCCCAACCCCUGCCAGCUGGUCAUCAAGGGCCUGCUGCGGCCUGUGCCUGCCGAUCGUUCUACUCUCACGCAGAUUAUAAACGAUACUUGGCUGAGGGGGAUCGAAUACCCUCGCCCUUACGUCCCGUUGCCGCUGUCCCCGGCCCACUUUGCCCAGGCGGGGCAGGCUCUGUGCGUGGAGGAGCAGGAGGUUAAGGGUUUGCUGUCGGAUCUGGGCAUUGUGACAGUUCAUUUGCAAAAUAAUCCUUGUUCGGACUGCAGGAGCCCACUGACGGGGACCUACCGGAUCCUCCUCCAUCGGGUCCAUAAGAGGAGGUCGGUGGAGGCUGUAGGUUAUUCAGAGCUCGAUACUGAUGACUACGGGUGCCUGAAGAACUGGUCUGCAGCUUCUGUGACCAAACACUCUCCUUCUGCUGUCUGUGUUUUACUAUGAUUAUAAAUAGCUGGACUGCUUCAGCUAAGGCCUCACAGGCCCUUUAUCACAUGCAGAUGUGCCCAUAUGCAAGUAUUCAAGUUGGAUUGUGCAAUAUUGGACUAAAAUGGUGCACACUUAGAGGUUGAGGGGUUAUUGGCAGGGUUCUUCUCUCCCACAGUGUAAGUCAAUAAGAGCUCACAGAUUGUGAGCUGUGGAUUACUGCUCUGAUUAUAUCUCCAACAACAAGCUCAGACAGGCAAGACAUGCAUCUGUACAGCUAUGAGAAUCUUCCAAUCCAACUUAGUCAGAGCAUAAAUCUACUGAACUAAUCCGAGGCCACAGGUAAUCCUAAUAGCACAGCCCCCGUCCAACCGAAAUGAAACCUGAGACUGAGAGGGGGAAGAAACUCGUCAUGGAAAAUAAAAUACGAGGCCAGAACGAGAGACUUUUAAAAUGAAAAAUGUAUUUUCUGUUUUGAACACAAUAAAUGAUCUCUAAAAUGCCUUCAUAGAAUGUAUGGGUAUUGGUCUUAUAUUUUAUAAUCUGUGGCAUUUUAUUAACCACCUGGUGGAAGGAUGUCAAAUGGGUCAGGAUAGAGCCCACGAUAUUAUGGUCUGUUUUUUUUCUUCACUUUCUGUAA